CUUGCUUCUACCAGCUCCAACCGAUGGAUGAUGGAUGGAAACGAUGAUGUUUGUGUGGUCCACCAUGUUGGAGGUAUUUCAGAACCAAAGCAAACGGCUUCUGCUUCCGCCAUACCAUACCAUUCAUACUACUAUACAGAGAGGAGUCAGGUCUACAGUCAGUUUACAAAAGAAGAAUGCAAAUACUGAUAAUACGACGGACGUUGCUGUGGAGGUUCCUCCUCCUCGUUUGCCUGCUACUGCAUAGCUCGGUUGCGUUUGUCAGCCGCCCCAGCACAACAUGCUCAAGUACGACACACCUCUUUGUGGCCAACAACAAUAGUGUUCGACCCAGUUCUGGCGUCACAUCUGGCUUGAUUGCCACGUUGGCAGAACAAGCAUUACGGCGGCGACUCCAGGGCCAAGCCUAUGUGAAAUUUGAUGUCACGGCAUCUUCUUCCGAUAUGCUCCUCCAAGGCCGCGUAGGGCCCGUCUCGGUGCGAGGUCGAACGUGGAAAUCCCCUCGUGGUCUGACAUGCCGGGCCAUUGAAGCCAAAGUGGAUGUGUGUGAAUUGGACAUGUCCAAAAUUGUGGCUCAACGAAAACUGCUGCUGACACAACCCGCCUUGGGAGAAUCCUUCAUUGCCAUGAAUGCCCACGAUUUUGGCAAUUUUCUUGUCCAUCCAUUGAUCCGACCACCGCAAGUACAACAACAAGUCGACAGUACUACUACUACCAAUGGUGAAUCGGUAGUGAUCCAAUUUAACAGCGACCAUGUCACCAUUGAUCCCGUUGCCAAAACCGUCUGUUUCCAAGGUGAUUUUAUGAAUGAAACUUGGGAAUUUACACUCUCACGAACCAACAAACAGGCCGUGGUAACCACCAAAAAGUCCACUACUACUACUAAUGAUAACGACAACAAUGAUAAUGCCAUGGCACUCUCCCAAGCCAUGACCAACUUUUUCAAUCAUUUGGAAGUGGAGUUGGAUGGUACCUUUUUGGCUUACAAGGACAUGUCCAUCACGGACAAGGGAGCCAGUCCCAGUCUCAUGCUCAAGCUAGGCAUUACCGUGUACAAAUUCCCAGCACCCGGAGUGCCAUUCUAGUGUAGUCUAGCAAGGCUGGUAGAAAAGUAAA